CUCAGCCUGGCUCUCAUGCUGCAGCAACAUAUGGAGGCUCACUGCUGCCAGAUACAGAGAAGAAAUAAAGAUGAACACUAAACUUGAUGAAUGACCCAGGAUAUAUUAGUCAUACCUGAGCUUCCAUACCACGCGCUCUGGAAGAUGUUUUCUCUUCAGUCGCUGGAGGUUUGCCUUCGUCUCUCCCAUGCUGGCGCUUAUUUUACUCAUCUCGCAGCCUUCGGGCUUCACUGCCAGCUCUGUUUAAUUGGCCUCCGAUGCCUCUGGAAACUCCAGUGUGAGCGGGAGAGAGAGAGAGAGAGGCAGAGAGGAUCUCCACCGGACCCAUCUGGUGGUCGGCCGUGUCAGAUGCGUCACAGCGCGGAGGGGCGGCGCGUCGCCACCGAGGUGAUCCCCGAGUUUAAAAGCGCAGAAGUCCUGUGUGCGCCGGAGCAGUGCGUCACAGCCAGCCAGCAGCGCCAGGAUCCCCCGAGUCUGGUGUCUCAACACCGCGACCAGAAUAGACUUUCUGAGAGAACAUCAGUCAUGAUCCACAUCCACGUGUUUUAAUCUUUCUCUCGCAGAUUUUUUGUUUCCCACUUUGGAUUCUUCUUUUUCAAGUUUUUUUUUCCAUCCCUCUCUUGUUGUUGUUUUGUUUGCGGCGACACAGCAGGAGAGGAUCCAGAGCAACAGCUGUGGUGGGGGGGGGGACUAUAUAAACUCCGCUAUAUGGAUACGGAAUCGCUCCCAUCUGCAGCUGAACUCAGAGUUUGAUCUCAGACGUUUCUCUCUCUCGCUCUCUCUCAUUCUCUCCGCGCAAAGAAAGAAAAUGAAAUCUGCUGAAGAGGAUGCAUAUGGCUACACGCCAAAUGUCAGUCUCUCCCUCCCACUGGGCAACCCGUGUCUUCCCUCCCAGUACCACAGCCUCCAGUCCAGCCCCACUAUAUCCGUCUCCGUCACCGAGCCUCACGCUUACGACGCCCAGGAUGACAUGAGAGCGGCCGGCUACUACUCGUCCUCGAGCGUCCGCCCAAACGGAGCCCCGACCUUGGAGAGCCCUCGCAUCGAGAUCACAGCCUACGGCCAGUUUCCUGAGGAUGAGGUGGAGGAGAGCAGCCUUCCUGUGGCCAAGAGAGUCAACUCCAUCGUGACGCUGACCCUCCCCAGUGCAGAUGGUUACCGUGACCCCAGCUGCCUGAGUCCGGCCAGCAGCAUCUCGUCUCGCAGCUGCCACUCCGACGCUUCCUCCUACGAGUCCAGCUUCUCCUACAACUACGACAACUCGCCCCAGAACUCCCCCUGGCAGUCACCCUCUGUGUCCCCCAAGGGCUCCACCCUCACCCUGCCAGGUGAUGGCUGCAUCUCUGGCGGCUCCCCUCGCCACUCCCCCUCCACCUCCCCUCGCACAAGUGUCACAGAUGACAACUGGAUGGGUCAGCGUGGCUCCAGGCCCAACUCCCCUUGUGGUGCGAAGAGGAAGUACAGCUUCAACGGCAGCGGAGCAGCACACAAGCCCUUCCAGUACUCCCCCAAUCACUCCCCUGGACUGUCCCCGCAGACCUCCCCUCGCCUCAGCGUCACUGAGGAGAGCUGGCUGCCGAACACCAACCAGUACACCAACUCAGCCAUCCUGGCAGCCAUCAACGCUUUGACCACAGACGGAGUGACUGACCUCGGGGAGGGAAUCCCCAUGAAGGCCCGGAAAACGAGCCAGGAGCACAACCCCACAGUCAGCCUGAAGGUGGAGCCUGGAGGCGAGGAGCUGAGUCCGGGGGAGCUCUGCCUGGAGGAGCACCCCUCAAACCGCCUGCCCUUAAAGAAGGAGGGUUACUGCGGAGGGUUCCUGGACGUGCCGCAACACCCGUACUCCUGGUCCAAGCCAAAACAAUAUGUCAGCCCGUCCCUGCCAGCUCUCGACUGGCAGCUGCCGUCCAGCUCGGGGCCGUACAGCCUGCAGAUCGAAGUGCAGCCCAAGUCCCACCACCGGGCCCACUACGAGACGGAGGGCAGCAGGGGGGCCGUGAAGGCCCUGGCAGGAGGACACCCGGUCGUCCAGCUCCACGGCUACAUGGAGAGCGAGCCGCUCACCCUGCAGCUGUUCAUCGGCACUGCUGACGACAGGCUGCUGAGGCCACACGCCUUCUACCAGGUCCACCGCAUCACCGGGAAGACGGUGUCCACCCCGAGCCACGAGGCCCUGCACAACAACACCAAGAUCCUGGAGAUCCCUCUGCUGCCGGAGAACAACAUGAGGGCCAUAAUCGACUGCGCCGGGAUCUUGAAGCUGCGCAAUUCAGACAUCGAGCUGAGGAAGGGCGAGACGGACAUCGGGCGGAAGAACACCCGCGUGCGGAUGGUUUUCAGAGUUCACAUCAACCAGGCCACGGGGAGAACCGUGAACCUGCAGGCGGCGUCCAACCCCAUCGAGUGCUCCCAGAGAUCGGCCCAGGAGCUGCCGCUGGUGGAUAAGCAGAGCCUGGAGACGUGUCCCGCCCCCGGAGGGGAGAGGAUGCGCCUCGACGGACACAACUUCCAACACGACUCCAAGGUGGUGUUCGUGGAAAAGGCUCAAGACGGCCACCACCUCUGGGAGACCGAGGCCAAGGUCGACCGAGACGCCUCAAAGUCUAACUCCCUCCUCGUCGAGAUCCCUCCCUACCGGAACCAAAGACUCUCCACUCCGGUCCACGUCAACUUCUACGUCUGCAACGGCAAGAGGAAAAGAAGCCAGUACCAGCGCUUCACCUACGUCCCCGCCGGCGUUCCGACAAUAAAGACGGAGCCUCAUGACGACUACGACGCCCCUCUGGUGUGCAGCCAGCGCGGUCCCAGCCUGUCUUUGCACCCAAAGCCAUACUUCCCCCCUCAGGUCAUGACCCCGAUGCUGACCUCUGACCUCAGGUCGUGUGUGGCGGGCGGGGCUUACUCUGUCGGCCAGCAAAGAUUGGCAACCAAGCCGUCCCCGUCGUCUCCGAGCACCAGCCCCAAACUACACGAGCUGUCGCCGCCGCCUUUCUCCAAGUGCCUCCCUGCCGGCCCGGCGGUCCAACAGCCGUCCAUCCCGCACGUCUCCAUCAUCCAGGAGACGCCCGGCCGCUACCAGCCGCCCAUCCUCUACCCGCCCAGCAGCGCCUCCUCCUCCCCGACCUCGCAGCCCUCCACCCCGACCGACGCCCCCUUCUCUCCGACCCACUGCAUGACUCCAGCGCCGCCGGUCAGCGGCAGCCCCAGCCCAGGAGCUCAGCAGCACCCCAAGGGGCCAGAGAGGGGCGACGGCAGCCCACCGACGCUCGCCGUCAGCAUCAAGCAAGAACCACAGGAGCUGGACCAGAUGUACCUCGAUGAUGAUGUUGAGAAGGUCAAAGCCAGAUCAAAUAGAGGAGAGGAGGUCGGUCAGUUCAGCCUGGGCCGGGGAGAGCACACAUGGAGACUGUCGGAGGGUGGAGAUGAGGUCGGAGUGUUUAUUUCUCCUGGUUCAAAGAUUCUUAUCCCGACGAAGUCUGUGGAGGUUUAUUUCAAUCAGAGUCCGGCCUCAUUCAUGGAGCAGAUUCCUCUCGUCUGCACUCCAGAUGAAUACUGAACAGGUGAUUCAGCCGCAGCAGCUGAAGUCAAGUCAAUGAGAUCAUCAGGAACGACCUGUCCAGCAUCUCCGUCCACAGCCAUGCGUAGCUUCCCGUCAGCGCCGGAACUGACACAGGAAACACAAAUAAAGGGAAACACCGAACAAGAAUCUGACAGUCUGCUUUUUCAUGCUCGGACUACAGCAUGCAGGAAGCGGGAAGAGGAAGUGCGGAGGAGAACGAGUGUACAUUUUUAUUGUCCAGACGACCAGGGUCCAACACGUGCCUUGUUUUUUUCAUAUAUUAAACGCCUUUUUACACGGAAGUUAUCCAAGGAUACAUCAACAUGACUGACUUUUUUUUUUUUAAACUUUAAACAUGUAGCAACCAAACCUGCCGUCUCCCCCCGACCCCAAAGACAAAGUAUGCUUUUAGAGGACCAAAACUUUUUGUAUGUGUCUUUUUUGCUGCAGUUUGUAAAUGAUUCAGUGCCUAUGAGUUAUGUCAUUUGUAUAUACAGUAUCUGUUCGGUUUGCAUAUCUGGCUUUACGGAGAGACAGUCGAGAAGGAGAGAAGAAGUGCCUUUUUUUUUUAAAACUGGAAACAGAAACAUGCGGCUUGAGUUCGGCCUCGAAUGUUCAACCUCAAAAUCCAAAAUUAAGGAUUUAUCAAAGAGAGAUCAUGUAAAGUUUGGUUAAUACUGGCUAGGUGAGGCUUCAGCAGCAAAACACCUGAGUGUAAUUAAUCGAUCAGGGAUGUGUUUUGUUUCCAUGAGUUCAAACUUUUCAUUUCUUUGGCCAAACGUUGCAUAGCCUCACUUUAAUCGGUCAUUAUGUCUUUUUCUGGGGGGCAUUUGUUUGGGCAAAUUAAGUUACGAUUAAUAAAACUGAAUACACGUUCUGUAUUCACGGCCCAUGAGUAAGCACUUAACCACCGACCCUGCGGUGUCACUUGCAGUUAGCUGUAGCUUGAAGUCAUGAAACGAUGACUAAACUUUCCAGAUGACGAUGAAGUUAGCCAAACCUCAUUCACGGUCCUGAUGUGUUUAAGCACUCUCGCAGUACAGAAAAACACUGUGUAGUCAUUUUUUACAACAACAUAAUAAAGCCUUUAUACUGACUCGAAACUAACAUGAACUUUGGAGUGAACUGUCGGCUGCAGGUUUGACUUUUAUCAAAGAAAUCAUCUCAGUGUGGACGGACUUGUCUUUUCCCUGGAAGCUAUGCAACGUGCAGGUUCGUCUCUCGAAGAAUGUAAACUGUUGAAACUCUGAACGUCUCUAAUCCAAAGAAUACUUAACGACGGUGAACAGCAAUACGAAUAUAUGUAGAAUUCUUCAUUGUUUUUAUUUUGUAUUUUCAUAUUUAUUCUCCCAGCAUGUGCUCUGUUUAUUCAUGUUUAUCACACGGCUUCUUUACAUGCUAACCUACAUACCGUGGUUGUAUCUGCUCGUCCGUUUGCGCUCUUAUAGAACUGAACACGCGCUCCCUCUUUUUUAUGUAUUUAUGAGUCUUAAUCGUUGUAAUUGAAGGGCAUGAGAGAGGCCGUACUGAAAUGUUUACCGAGGAGAGGGUUUUUUUGGUUUUUUUCCGUUAGUCUACAACUCAUAAUUCUGCUUUGUGACCUAUUUUGUGUAUUUUGUCAAUAAAAAGCCUUCAUCUCC